AUGUGUGUUUGUCAAACCAUGGAAGUGGGGCAGUAUGGCAAGAAUGCAAGUCGGGCCGGAGACCGAGGAGUCCUCCUGGAGCCCUUCAUCCAUCAGGUGGGCGGACACAGCAGCAUGAUGCGGUACGACGAUCACACUGUGUGCAAACCUCUCAUCUCCCGGGAACAGCGCUUCUACGAGUCUCUCCCUCCUGAAAUGAAGGAAUUCACCCCUGAAUACAAAGGCGUGGUUUCUGUCUGUUUUGAGGGAGACAGUGAUGGUUACAUCAACUUGGUAGCCUACCCUUACGUGGAAAGUGAGACUGUAGAGCAAGAUGACACACCAGAACGGGAGCAACCUCGACGUAAACACUCCCGCCGGAGCCUGCAUCGGUCAGGCAGUGGUAGUGACCACAAGGAGGAGAAAGCCAGCCUGUCCUUUGAGACCUCUGAGAGCUCCCAGGAGGCCAAGAGCCCGAAGGUGGAGCUCCACAGCCACUCAGAUGUCCCUUUCCAGAUGCUAGACAGCAAUAGCGGUCUGAGUUCUGAGAAGAUCAGUUACAACCCCUGGAGCCUGCGCUGCCACAAGCAGCAGCUGAGCCGUAUGCGCUCUGAGUCCAAGGACCGAAAACUCUACAAGUUCCUCCUGCUUGAGAAUGUGGUACACCACUUCAAGUACCCCUGUGUGCUGGACUUGAAGAUGGGUACCCGGCAGCACGGAGAUGAUGCAUCAGCUGAGAAGGCAGCCCGGCAGAUGAGGAAGUGUGAGCAGAGCACAUCUGCCACGCUGGGGGUCAGGGUCUGUGGCAUGCAGGUAUACCAGCUGGACACAGGUCAUUACCUCUGCAGGAACAAGUACUAUGGUCGUGGACUCUCCAUUGAAGGCUUCCGCAACGCCCUGUAUCAGUACCUGCACAAUGGCCUGGACCUGCGACGUGACCUCUUUGAGCCUAUCCUGAGCAAACUUCGGGGCCUCAAAGCUGUGCUGGAGCGGCAGGCCUCCUACCGCUUCUACUCCAGUUCUCUGCUCGUCAUCUAUGAUGGCAAGGAGUGCCGGUCUGAUCUCCGACUCAAGCACGUGGACAUGGGGCUCCCUGAAGUGCCACCAUCCUGUGGCCCCAGCACUAGCCCUAGCAGCACCAACCUUGAAGCCGGCCCCUCUUCUCCGCCCAAGGUGGAUGUCCGCAUGAUUGACUUUGCACACAGCACAUUCAAGGGCUUCCGGGAUGACCCCACUGUUCACGAUGGGCCGGACAGAGGCUAUGUGUUUGGUUUGGAGAAUCUUAUCAGCAUCAUGGAGCAGAUGCGGGAAGAGAACCAGUAGGCCAGCUCUGGGCCCUAAGACCCCGUCCUCUCCACCCACAGGCAGGGACCAUUGCUCUGAACUUGCUGUGAGGACACACUGACUUGCUUUUAAAGGGUUAUAUUUCUCUUUGGUGUAAACUAAAAGAAAUGUUUUUAGCUGUAGCCUGGAAUCCAUAUAUAUAUAUAUAUAUAUAUACAUAUAUAUAUACACACACACACAAAGUAAAGGAGGGCAGAACAUACGUCCUCUCAGCCAGGCUCCUUAGCUUUGUGGCUCUGUCUGCUGUGUCCAGGCUGACUCAGGAAGGAAGAGGUGCCCCAGUGGGCUUGGCAGCAGAGACAGAAUGCCUUUGAACUUUGGUUCCCUUGCCUAAGGUUUUGGGGAUCUGUGGCUGUAGGGCUCUGCUGGUUGUGAGGUGAAGCCCUUGGCUGGCACAGGCUCUCUCCAUGCCUACUAAAUCCCUCAUUUCCCAGAACUGGGGAGGUUAAGUGCCCAUGCCGUGGGGGGGGGGGUCUUUCUAAUUUUGUGCCAGUCUUGAGCAGUUGCCCUUGGCCUUACAGGGCUGACUGCACAGAUGGACUCAUCCUUGGGUCUCAUUUUGGCAUGGGGUUAGAUUUGUGAAGCUGAGCUAAGGCCAGCAAACAGCAGGGGGCAGGCCCUGGGCUCCCUAGGCACCUACUGGCAUGUAAACUUGCUCCUCUGUCCACAACCCCAGCCAGCCUGUCGCCAAGAUCCCUUGCCUAAGGAGGCCACACAUCCUCCUGUCCUACUGAGAUGGGCACAGCUCUGUUUGCUGAGGUGAGUCAGUGUCCCAGUAGGCCCAAGGGUCUUUAGUGGCUCUGGCCUAGACAGUAUUUGCAGUUCUUGAGCUUUGGGUGGUGUCCCUUCCUCUAGUUUGGGCAGCUGCGCUGCCUCUAGACGGGCUGCUGCUCCCAGGGCUCAGGGUCUGUGGUCCACUCAGGGUCUCGUCUUCUCCAGGCCAAGCCCAAGGCGGAAGCCCAUUGUGUGUGUUGCAGGCUCCAGGCGUGGAGGGAGAACUUUAAAUGUGUCUGCUUCUAGGGACGUAGGACCCUGGGUACAGGUGCCCAGCGUCUGCUGAGAACUUUGUGUGUUAGUCCUGGGAUCUGUCAGGAAGUUCCUUUGUCUGCCUGCCAGGCUGUUCUGUGGUGAGCUCUCUGGAGUAUAGCCUUGUUGAUAGUAUAUAUUGCUUUGCUUCAUGCUCUCCUCAGCAGAACAUUCUUUCCCUUUUCUGAGGAGAGCCUUUGCUCCUGUGCCCUUCCUUUGCAGGUUCUGCUGUUUUACAAACCUGUUGACAGAAUGACCCGUAGUGGUGUUCACCUGCUGGCCUUGUGGGCCUGGGUGUGGCCUUCAGUGCCAACAGUGGGGGUGAUCCUGACCCGUUGCUUAUUUUUGCUACCAGCCCUUUGAUGGUAACAUUACGUGUGCUACAGGCUACACUGCACUCAGCCAUCACCAAGGUGAGCAGCAGUCUCCAAGUCUGUGGCCCACAGUCAACACUUCUGACAUGUCUGUUUUGGCGUUUAAAGAUAUUCCUGCCAGCCUUUGAGAGAUAUUGGUAACUAAUGGUGUAAUUCCUGGUUCAUAGAGAUGCAGCCUCUGAGAAGGGCUCCUUGACAGAGACCCCAGUCAUGGUCUUCUGACCCUGGUGCCAGUGGUGGGCAGGUUCCCAUUCCUUAGGGCCGGGAGGCAUAGCUUUGCCCAUUUCUGGUUAGGAACAACUGUCUUGUGUCCAGUAGUGUUAUGUUGCUUCAGCCAUGGGGGCAGUAGGUGUUCAUUAUUGUAGACACAUGUUUUCUGCCAGGAGAGAGGCUAAGAGAGGGGUUUGGGGCCAAACCUUCCCCAGUUAACCAGAUUCUGGGAGGCACUGCCCCUUUUGCUGCUUCUCACGUAGCAAAGGAAGCUAUCCCCCUUACAUUGUGAGUUCUGCCACUACAGCUUGGAAAGGCUGGGAUUCGCUGCUUCUCAAGGGCAGGGCCCCACUUUCAGCACUUUUGAUAUCUGGAGGGCCAGCCCGUUUAUCUGAUAGGUGGUGGUGAGUGUGAGAUAACACUUUCUGCCAUUGCUUUUCUACCUGUCCCAGGCUAGAGCCCUGUCCCUGACUGACAGACCCUGCUUUCCCAGCCCCAAUUUGGGACCAAAGUGCAACUCGGGAUCACAGGUUGGGGAGCUCAGGUUACCCCUUUCCAUAGUAUUUCCUGGGGCUAAGCACUCAGCAGCCCUGGGAGAUGGGUGGGAGUGAAAAUGGGAUGGGUGGUGCUUAAAGAGGAAAGGGACCAGUGUAGUAACUAACUUGCCUGGGACCCCACCCUUCCCAGCUUUGGGCCUGUGCAAUGGGCAUGAGGAUUCUCUCCUAGAGGCCAGAGGCCAGGGGCCUGGGCUAGUUCAGUAUCCGCUGCUCAUUCACUCACAUCUGGCCACGUGCACGUUCCCAAGAUGUAAACUGCUUUGAACUUUACAGCUGUGUAAGUUGGUUGUGUGUAUUCCCAUUAAAAAAAAAAAAACAAAAAACAAACAAAAAAAAAAAACUGCAUUUUAAUGAGGAAAAAGGAGAACCUGGUGAAAGUUCCUUUGCUUCUGUAGAGGAAAUGUAAGACUUCGAGGUCUGGAAAUUGUUCUCUGCUCCUCUUUCCUGGAAGCUACACACCUGCCUACAUACCCUAAGACCUGCGCCUGGAUGCACACGUGGCUCCAUUGGCGUUUAGGCGCGCUUGCGUUUCCCUGGGUCUUGUGUGUGGUGGAGAGGAGUGCUUGGCCCGAGCCGGCCCCUUUCUGUACACCUAGCGCUCCCCGCCCGCUUGUGUCAGGUCGUAUAUGUCAAAAUAAAGCCUCUAGAAACUAAA